ACCGUGGAAACUUGCGAAAUUUUGUGGCUUAGCGAGUACAAAAGGCGACACCACAGCACGGCUCAGGCAUUCGUUCAUCGAUCGGAGCAACGAGCAGCAAGCAUCUCAUCCUCCUCACCUCAUCCUCACCUGAGCUCUCGGACUGUGAACGCAAACAAGAUAUUGAAAGAUGUGUACCGGCAAGUGCGCCGACUUCAUUGGCAAGGCCCUCAUUCCGCUGGCCGUGCUGUCAAUCCUCGCCAACAUCCUGCUAUUUUUCCCCGAUGGAAAAGUGGAAUUUGCUUCAGAGAAUCAUCUCACCCCACAAGUAUGGUUCUUCCAUGGGAUAGUCGGCGCCGGGCUGCUGAUGUUCAUUCCAGCCUUGCUCAACACCAGGCUGGAUGAGAAGGGCUGCUGUGGAAAUCGUUGCGGGAUGCUGUUCUCCGUCCUCUUCAACGCCGUGGGCAUCGUGGGCGCUGGGUACUGCUUUAUUGUGUCAACCACUGGCCUGGUGGAUGGACCCUAUUGCAAUGUUGGAAAUGGAUCCUGGGUGUCCCCAUUCAAGAACGACACCAUCUCAACUGAAUAUCUUAACCUCAACGGUAGCUACCUGUUCGAUCAAGAAAUUUGGAAAAAAUGUGUCGAGCCUUUAAAUGUAGUCCUGUGGAACAUCGUGCUCUUCUCGAUGCUGAUCUGCUUCAGCGGCGCCCAGGUCGUGCUGUGCGCAACGCAGAUGAUCAACGGCCUCAUCGGGGUGCUCUGUGGCACCUGCAUGAAGAAUGAAGUUGUUUAAAUUAAAAAAGAAGAAAAUAAAAUUAAAGAAGUAAAAGCAAAGGUUAUAAAACGGUAAACUCUAUGACCUGGGCAUUGAGAUCGCUGUCUGGAGAGAAACCUACAGGAAUGCACACAUCUCUUCAAAAACCAAACGACCACUUUAUCCUUUGUUCUUACAAAAAAACGCAGUUGUGUACAUUUUUUAAAAGACAAUUCAGGCUUGUGCACUGUACGUUAUGAAUUGUUUUAAAUAAAUACUUCCGGAUAUGCUACUUUUUUGACUUUUGAAAACAGCUGUUUUUAAAUGCAUAUGCUACAUGGCCAAAGGCAAUUUUGUUGUUGUUGUUGUUAUUUUAAUGAAAUUUGAUGGAGGUGAAAAUUUCCGAGAGUUGUACAGGCAUAAUUGUGAUAUAUUAUGGUUACAUAUAGUAUUUUUAACUUCAAAUAAACAUUACAAUUGAUUGUGGAAAAUAAUGGUUAGGAGGUGCCUCGUUGUUGUCUGGUUAUUUUAAAUGAAUUGGACAUGCUCCGUACAAUUAUUAUUUACGUCAUUGUUUACCUUUAUAAUUGAAAAUAUAUGAAUUAAAUAUCCACAAUAAACUCUGGUUUGACCAGCA